GCAGCGGCCCGGGCAGUUGGCGCGGCGGCGGCGGAGAGGCAGGAGUGGUAUCGCGCAGCCCGGCUACGCGGCGGCGGCGGAGCCGAGCAAUAUGGCGCCGGCCGGCGGGGGCGGUGGGCCGACCCAAGGGCGCCUCCUCCUGGCUGCGCUGGUGCUCCUGUGGGCGCGGGGGGCCUGGAGCCAGGGCAGCCCCCAGCGGGGCGCGAUCCUGGGCAUGAGGCUGGCGAGCUGCAACAAGUCGUGUGGGAUGAACCCGGAUGGCAUCAUCUUCGUGUCUGAGGGCAGCACGGUGAACCUGAGACUGUAUGGCCAGAGCUUGGGCGACAUCUCCAGCAACCUGAUCUCCUUCACCGAGGUGGACGGCGAGACCUCUCACAACUCCACCGCCUGCCCAGAGCUCACCAAGGACCUAGUUGUCCAGAAACUGGUCAAUGUGAGCCGCGGGAACACGUCCGGGAUGCUCGUGGUGCUCACCAAGUUCCUUCGGAGGAGCGAGAACAUGAAGCUGUACGCGCUGUGCACCCGGGCACAGGCUGAUGGCCCCUGGGUCAGGUGGACCGACAAGGACUCGCUGCUGGUCAUGAUGGAGGAGCACGGGAGGAUCCUGCCCCUCUGGCUGCACAUCCUCCUGGUCCUGGUGCUGCUGGUGUUCUCGGGCAUAUUUUCUGGCCUCAACCUGGGUCUCAUGGCCCUGGACCCCAUGGAGCUGCGCAUCGUGCAGAACUGUGGCACUGAGAAAGAAAAGAAGUAUGCCAGAAAGAUUGAGCCCAUCCGGCGGAAGGGCAAUUACCUGCUCUGCUCGCUGCUGCUGGGGAAUGUGCUGGUCAACACCUCCCUCACCAUCCUCCUAGACAACCUCAUUGGGUCCGGCCUCAUGGCAGUGGCCUCCUCCACCAUCGGCAUUGUCAUUUUUGGGGAGAUCUUACCUCAGGCGCUGUGCUCCCGACACGGGCUGGCUGUGGGUGCCAACACCAUUGUCCUCACCAAAUUCUUCAUGCUGCUCACUUUCCCCCUCAGUUUCCCCAUUAGCAAGCUCCUGGAUUUUGUCCUGGGUCAGGAGAUCCGCACUGUUUACAAUCGGGAGAAGCUGAUGGAGAUGUUGAAGGUGACGGAGCCCUAUAAUGACCUUGUGAAAGAGGAGCUGAAUAUGAUCCAGGGGGCCCUGGAACUAAGGACCAAAACGGUGGAGGAUAUCAUGACCCAGCUUCAUGACUGCUUCAUGAUCCGCAAUGAUGCCAUCCUGGACUUCAGCACCAUGUCAGAGAUCAUGGAAAGCGGCUACACUCGCAUUCCCGUGUUUGAAGGUGAGCGCUCCAACAUUGUGGAUAUUCUAUAUGUCAAGGACUUGGCCUUCGUGGACCCCGAUGACUGCACCCCCCUCAAGACCAUCACCCGCUUCUACAACCACCCGGUGCACUUCGUCUUCCAUGACACCAAGCUGGACGCCAUGCUGGAGGAGUUCAAGAAGGGGAAGUCACACCUGGCCAUCGUGCAGAAGGUGAACAAUGAGGGCGAGGGCGACCCCUUCUAUGAGGUGCUGGGCCUGGUCACCCUGGAGGACGUCAUCGAGGAGAUCAUCAAGUGUGAGAUCCUGGAUGAGUCGGACAUGUACACUGACAACCGGAGCCGGAAACGGGUGUCCGAGAAGAACAAGCGCGACUUCUCUGCCUUCAAAGAUGCUGACAAUGAACUCAAAGUCAAAAUCUCACCCCAGCUCCUCCUGGCUGCUCACCGCUUUCUGUCCACGGAGGUACCCCAGUUCAGCCCCUCACUGAUGUCGGAGAAGAUCCUGCUGCGGCUGCUCAAGUACCCUGACGUCAUUCAGGAGCUGAAGUUCGAUGAGCACAACAAGCACUGUGCCCACCACUACCUGUACACGCGGAACAAGCCAGCCGACUACUUUGUGCUCAUCCUGCAGGGCAAGGUGGAGGUGGAGGCAGGGAAGGAGAACAUGAAGUUUGAGACGGGUGCCUUCUCCUACUACGGGACCAUGGCCUUGUCCUCAGUCCCCUCCGCACCUUCCACCCUGGUUGGGUGUCCGCCUGGCAAGCGGAACUCCCUGCUGUCCUGGCUCGCAGACCGCUCUCCGGCCCACCCGACCCCACUCAGCCGCUCAGCCUCCCUCAGCUACCCAGAUCACAGCAAGGACACAUCCCCUACCACUGUGCUGACGGGCAGCAGUAACCAGCUGACCGCCUGUGUACUGGGCCAGUACGUCUCCGACUUCAGCGUCCGGGCCCUCACAGACCUGCAGUACAUCAAGGUCACUCGGCAGCAGUACCAGAACGGGCUUCUAGCCUCCCGCAUGGAGAACAGCCCUCAGUUUCCCCUGGAUGGCUGCACCACAUGCGUGGAGAACUCCUCUGAGAAGCCCGAGCUGCCUGUGGUGGAUGAGACUACAACUCUUCUCAAUGAGCGUAACUCCUUGCUACACAGAGCCUCCCCAGAGAAUGCCAUCUGACAGGAGGGCCCGGGGUCCCCCGCCACCCCGCGGGGGCCUCCCAGUGGGCCCACACAAAGAGGGAGCCUGUCAGGCUAGAAGGGGUGCGGCUAGAUGGCCUGUGACUGGACACCCAACAGCCCCCACGGGACCUCCGGGCAGCUCUGAGGGCAGCUCCCCAGCCCCAGACCAGCGUGGCCAUGGGGCAGCUCCAUGAGCAAAGGCUGUUUUUCAGAGACAAUUUCUAAACUAGGCGCAUUGCUUCUCUUUUUAAAUAUCAUUUUGGGAAGGGAAGACAGGGUUAAGGAACUUUAUGUAAAAUAAUUUUUUUUUCCAAAAGAAACUCCAGAAGGGGGAGCAUUCCUUGCCCCAGGAAUCCAUAGCCAUAAUUGGCUCCCAGCCGCACCCUGCAAUCCCGUCCCUGCCUGUGGAGCUCAACCCUCUCCUGUGGCAGGGCCUAGCACCCAGCGGAUGGGGAAGGCUGGCUCUGGGGCAGCCAGGGACCAAAGGCAUCACCGAGACCUGGGUAGCUGUGACCAGGGUCCAGGAACCGUCUAGACCCAGGAAGCUUCCGGAAUUUGUGCGUCGACCUCCUGGGGAGUCCCCGCCCGUUGUCCCUCUGGAAGCUCCCCCUUGUGCCAGGGCUAACUCAGGGAGUCAGGCAGGAUCUCUGGUUACCUUCUCCCCAUGUCCUGCCCUCACUGUACCAAAAGCAUCCCCCUCCGUGGGGAGCGUGUCUGGGUGAGAGGCGACCUGUCUGGGGUUCGCCUUUUGAUUUCUGGGCUGAACUUCAUCAUACUUGGUAUCUGCUUAUUAACACCUACUGCUGCUCCCUUCACCCACACCCACAAGUAGAGUCAAGGCUCAGUGGAGCUACCAGAGCCUGCUUUCAGACUCCCUUGUCCUUAUCCCCAAGCCCCAGUCCCUCUUGAGGGCAGGGGACAAGAGGACAUGUUAGAAGCCACCUAACCCCAUUCUUCAUGUCCUUCAGUGGCUACCAGAGGCUCAACCUACUCACGGAGCCCAGGAAAGGAGGGUUCCACCCAAAGACAUGUGACCCCAGGGAGAAGCCAGUGGAAACUGUACCCUACCCCACCUGUGUGGAUGCUGCAGGGCACCAGGCUUCCACUGUGGGAGGACUGGGGUGCACACCCAGGAGAGGGAGAUUCUUUGGGCUUCUGCCUGAGUGGCAUGUCUCCACUCCUUUCCUCAGCCGGUGGAAUCCUGUCACCCCAAGGGCUCUGCUCCUCAGUUGACAGACAACCCUAAUUCCUGGGACAGGGAAUGCUGUGCCCCAAAGCGCACCUGCCCCUGGCCAGACCAAGGCCUUCCCCAUUUGAGAGCCUGGAGAGAAGGGUAUGGCACCUGUGGGUCCUCAAGCAUCAGGGAGAGAUGCCAGUACAGAGACCACUUAGGAAGCCUUUAGUUUUCCACAAGAACAGCUUCCUCCUGGAUCCCACAGAAGCUGUCAGGUCUGUGAUCCUGAGAGUCCUGAGUGCAGGUGGAAACCACGCUGGCCCAAGCCUCACUGGCGUGGGAGGAAAGGAGCAGGUGCACACACUCCCACAGCUACCUCUUUGCACACACAUUCACCACCAACAGAUGGUCCCUUGCCCUCCCUCCCCCACUUAUAAUCACUUCUUCCAGAGGCUUAUGAUUAUUUCCAAAUAUUACUGGUCCGAUGACUUCCUCCUCCCAGUACCAUUGUUCAUUUGUUGUUCCAACCUUGGGUUCCUGGGCUGAGCCAUACCCGGAACUGGCCCGCUGCUCGUGUCUUCCUGGCUAAGGGGGACCUUCGUAAAUGGCAUCCAAAUGGGUAGGCAAGUCAUAGCCACCAUAGCAAAUGACUCCUAUUUAUUUUGCAUAAGAUUUUAAUUUGUAUAUUUUUGUGAUUUAUUUUGGCAUUGUUAUGAGUUUGACUCUCGGGGAGUUUUCUUGUUAUGACUCUUGUGUCUUUUGUCACAAAACAAUGAUAAUAUUUGCUAAACAAUACAUGGAAUUUAUUUUUGAUUGGUAAUAAAAAAUAUGUAUAAAUCUCGGUGA